UCCUUUACUAAUUCUCCAGUGCAACCUCUGAAUUCCUCUACGGACUCCAGUCAGCAGUGGAUCAGAGCUGCUUUCCACAAGAACUCGCGCGUCAGAUCUGCAACAAACCUUCAACAUGCCAAACUGCAAAUCAAGAGGCCGCACGUGCACAGAACAGCACACGGCCAGCCGUGGCUAUCAAAGGACAUUGUGGUCAGAAUACACAAACCCCCUGCUUUUCAUACUGACACGAUACUUCACACCAGAGACUCGAUUUCUCGGGAAGUCAGUCUGGAUUUAACUUCUGCGGUGCAGAAUUGGCUCAAAGACACAAGUGCUGAGCUUUUAGUUGUGGAAAUUUGCCUCCUCAGAAAACAAGAAGUGAGCACACAUUCCACGCCUCGCUUUAUUUUACAACUCGACCAAACAGUGAGGAGAAACAAGAGAGCUUUGUCUACCAGAGAAGAAAGCGUCGAGGAUGAAGGACACUGCAGGCGCAAUUCAUUGAACGUUUCCUUUAAAGAAAUUGGCUGGUCAGACUGGAUUAUCGCUCCCUCCGGCUACACCAUGCACUACUGUGAUGGAUCCUGUCCUCAUAAUUAUAAACCUGCUAGUAUGCAUACUCAGGUUAAGUCGCGUUUGCAUCUCAUGUCCAAAGGAAUAACACACGGGCCCUGCUGUGUACCGGCUGCCUAUGAGCCGAUGGUUCUUAUGCACUACGACAGCCGUGGAAAGUUGAAGUUGACACCUUUUAAUGAUUUGAUAGUUAAUAAAUGCCACUGUGCAUGAAACCGCCACAUGUGCAGGGCAUUAACUUGUGAACUGAAAGUGAGUCUCGAACAUUCUUACACUCAUUUGGUUACAUUCCUUUGCUUUAUUAUGCAUAGUUUGGAAAACAAAUGACACCUGCUUUUAAGCGAACACUGAGGUGUUUAAUGUGUAUUUCAUAUGACUGACAUGAGGUAAACUGCAAUGUCAGACUAUUUAUUUUAAUUUAUUUGAAAUGUUUUGUACCGUUCUCGCUUGUUUGUCAUUGUGCUGAACUGAGGAAAUGUUUUGUGUUUGUGAAUGAUUGUUAAUAAAGGUCAUUUGUGUUUUUAGUA